AUGAUCGAUGAAAAUUCAGAGCAACCCGGGUUCGCUCCAGGUCACUCCGUAUGUGGAGUAACCCAGAAGCAGUUAUUACUGGACGAUCGUGCAUUGGAGUACUGCUACACCCGAACUAUCUCUUAUACGAACGAGAUAACUGUAGAUGAUAGUAAGCGAAUGUCUCGUGUUCGUCUUGUAUAA